UAAAACUUUCUUCUCAAAAUACAUCUAUUACCCAAAUUAAAAAAAUAAAUAAAGAUAUUCAACCAUUUGAUUUAACAAUGACGGAAACAAAGACUCCUUCUUCUAAUUCUCGAGAUGACGUACUUCAGUUUCUUGAAACGCUUGAUACGUAUUCGCAAACUACUGCUGCUGGAACGCCAGGCAGCACACCAGCUGACACCACGCAAUCUGUACUUGAUUUUCUCGAUCAAAUCACUCAAUCUACUCCUGCCUCUAACCCUUCUGAAUCAAAUCCUAAACAAGGCAAUCAAAAUAAUUCUUCUGUAAACCAAAAUGGUUCUGCUGAACAACAAACUAAUCAACCUGAAUCUCAAAAACAAAGUGGUGCAUGGUCAUGGGGUGGUUUGUUAGCGACUGCAACUACCGCCUACCAAACUGCAACAACUGUGGUUGAUAAUUCUGUUAAAGAGGCCUUAGAAACUGUGCGAACUAAUGAAGCUACUAAAAAACUUGAGGAAAGAGUUCGUGGUAUUGUAAAUAAAGAAGCUAUUGAAAAAUUAGGUUCCGAUCUCAAAACUCUUAGUCUGAAUACUCUUACAACCGUGGUUAAUGCCGUGGUCCCUCCAAUUUCACAAUAUGAAGUUGUAGAAGUUUGGUUGUCUCAUGAUAUGGUUGGUUAUGUUGGUUUAGAAUCUCUCGUAUAUAGAGCAUUUAUGAAAGUCAUGGAGCAAGUCGAAGGUGGGGAUAUUGUAGUCCGAAAAAGUGAUGAAAUAAAACGUGAUCCUGAUGAUGAUUCAUACAGAGAUUUAAAUGUUUGUGAAGGUUUUAUUGAAGCUGUUGGCCUUGCCAAGGCUAAUAUUGAACAAGUCAUCAAGAAACACUACAAGCCAGAAAUUGAUAAUGAAAAAUCUAAAAGCACAGAUCAAUCUAUAUGUCCCGUUUUUAUGGCUAUUCAGCCUACUAAAGCAAAUCCUUAUUCUCUCCAAAACAAAUCCGAAGAUACUGCUGAUCCUGAUCAAUACUUAUUUUAUGUUAUUGUUUUGACUGAUCCAACUCAUAACCUCACUUUUAAAACCUUCUCACAAGCACUUCCUGUUAGUUGGUUAGAUAUUCCAUAUGAAGAGAACGAAUGGGUGGAAGCUAAAAUGGUUUCUGUUAUCAAAUUGGCUGUUCAAUCAAUAGCUCAGGAUUAUGUUUGGCAUCGAAUGACUUCAAGUGAUGGUCGACCUCAAUCUAAUGAUGAUAAUUCAAACAUUGCAUCUUAA